AUGGAGCUGCGUAUAUUUCCCAAUAUACAAGACCAAAUGAUUUGGACGGCGUCACCUUCGGGGAGCUUUACUGUGUCUUCAGCUUGGGACGUUCUUCGUUCAAAGCACAAUCGAUCUGUUAUUGAUUCCUUGGUCUGGAGCUCGGUGGUCCCUCUGAAGGUAUCCUUCUUUGCGUGGAGGUUGUUGCGUGGUUGGCUCCCCUUGGAUGAUCUCCUUCAAGGUAGAGGAUUGAGGUUAGCGUCAAAGUGCUACUGUUGUGGCCUAGCGCCAGAAACGGGAGACCAUCUUUUUGUCUCGGGACCUUUAGCGAGCAGGGUUUGGCGGCACUUCUCCCGCCGCUUUGGGCUGGUAGUCCAGGGGAGUGGGGUGGCAUCGAGGCUCUCAUGUUGGCUCUUGUCUCACCGGUUUGUCUCACAGAAUCAUAUUCGUGUCAUUCUCCCUCUCUUGAUCUUGUGGUUUAUUUGGAAGGACCGUAACAAGGCCCGCUUUGAGGGGAUGAGUAUGUCGUCCGAUCAGGUAAUCAACCAGGUGUGCACAUUUGUCAAGCAGUUGGGCAGGGGGGGCCUGCUCAAGUUGGAGUUUUUCAAAGGGGACACAGAUUGUGACUGGGUGAAAUUCGGUAAGGCCAAGGAAAAAUUGGUACAGCUUCGAGCCUUUUCUUGGGCAAAACCUACAGGGCAAGCGGUGAAACUCAACACUGAUGCAAGUGUUGUAAGCGGGCGUUCAAGUGGUGGAGGGGUGGUGCGCUCGGCUGAGGGUAAUUUAGUGUUUGCCUUUUAUAAAGAGUUUGGAGAGCAAGACGUUCUCUCCUCAGAGGCGUUGGCGUUGCUGGAGGGUCUUCGUUAUUGCCAGGACAACAAUCUCUCGGGAGUCAUAGCGGAAGUGGAUUCUAGUACUUUAGUGCAUCUCGUGUCCUCUAAGAUGACGUCUUGUUGGCCGUUAUGUAACACAAUUAGGCAUAUUCGGUGCUUGGUGGCAAAAUUGGGGGUGUCUUUGGUUCACACGUUCAGAGAAGCAAAUGCGGUUGCCGACGCUUUGGCCUCCUCGGACCUACGAGCGGAUGCCCGCUUCUUGAGUGAAAUAGCUCUCCCUUCUAAAGUUCGGGCACUUUUGCAGUUAGAUAGGUUGUCAACUCCGUAUGUGAGAGUGUGUACGGUCUCAGGGUAG